UCUCUCUUCAUUUUCAGUUAUAUACAUACCUAAACAAGAUGUGUAAAAACAUGGAUUGGAGUCCAUACCCAUCUCAUCCCACCAUUGCUUCUUCAAAGAGAAGGCAUAGAUUAAAACAUUCUAAGGUUCAAGUUUACAGGCUUUCCAGGAAAAGAUGGGAAGAAAAUAUGAAGAAAGACAUGGAACUAAUGAACUUGAAGCUGUACUUGGAGAACCAAAGUAUCAUUGAAGAGAAUGAGAAGUUAAGGAAGAAAGCCAGUCUUCUCCAUCAAGAGAACUUAGCUUUAAUGUCUGAGUACCAGAAGAAGUUUCCUCAUUUAGAUCGUUUUUCAACCACCCUUUUGCUUCUUCUGCAACAAAAACACUGAUGAUAUAAAGCUUAAGAAAUAAUUAAUUAUCUGCAUAAAUCGAUGUAUGUUAGCAACAUGGGAUUCUGUAGCUUGAUAUUUUUGUUUUCAACUCUGAUUAAGAUAAAAUGAUUUCCAUGUAUCACCAGAAUUCUCCAUUAGUUUCACAUAUAUGCUAUAUAUAUAGUUUGCCUUUUUCAGCAAGGAAAAGAGGAACUAAUGGCAGAAAGUAUGAUUUAUAAUAUUAGGGUCGGAGAGUCAUUUAUCCAUUUCAUUUGAUGAUAUUAUUGACCAGCUUGUAAACAUACAUGAUUGGUUUAAAGAUUUAAGCUUUACUCUGA